UUUGAACCUAAUGUGAUUCGGAAUCUACUAAAAAAAACACUAUACCGGUAAAUACCACGGGAAUUAUAAACAGGGCCAUCAGUGCUGAAAGCUUAUGAAAGGGGGUCACAUCACAGGAAAGGUUGCACACCACUGAAGUAAGCAUCUUUACUUAACAAAAAUUUAUAAAGCUCCCAUUGACCCGUUAGCAUGACCUGUGUUAUCAGCUACUCAAAUAUGUUUUUAGAUAAAACUGAAACAGCGUGCACUAAACAUGUGUCAAUAUGACGUGAUUUGUUUGAGAAGACUGUAAAAGAUUAACAGCCAGCAGUUUAUAAACGGGAUGCAGACAUUUUAUUUAAAGAGGUGAAAAAGGUCAGAACAUAAUAUGGAUGUGCGCGUGAGAUUAGGCAGAAAUUGGAAUAAUUUGAAUUUUAUUAAUUGAGGAUUAAUUGUUUAUGAGAGUAGUAUAAAUUUCAAAGUUUUUUUAUUAAUCAUUUUUUAACUGAUAUUUAUUUGCGCCUUUUGCAAAUUAACACUUAAUGCAUAUUUAAAACUGCAAUUCCUUUUUUGCAGAUAUAAUACCGGUAAAUAUAAUUUUGAAGUUUAUUGAACAUUCAACAGUGACCACCAGAUGGAAAAUCAAGAUAAACCAUUAUAAAGAAGGCGAAAGCGUUUUAGAAAGCAUUACAAUCUUGCGUUGUAAUCAUUUUUCCUGUUUUAUUUGAUUAAUUCCUAACAAAAUAUUUGUCACUUUCUAAGCCUAUAAAAUAGUAUUAAUAGAACUAAACUCUCUUGGUCAUUGAUAUUUCUCUGAAGACAAAAUGAAGUACCAUUGUUUCAUCACAAUAAUCCUCUUUAUGACCAAACAAAUCAUUUGUGCAAAAGAAGAAUGUAUUGUUGACUCACAAAGUGGGAAUGCAAGAUUUCGAUUGAUCUAUGAUGAAGUUGCUCAGACCUUGACCUUGAAUUUGGUGGACCAAGCGCCAAUGCAUACACCUAAACAAGUGUUACUGCUGAGCCACACCCCAUCUAAUGCUGCAGUUCAUAGUGGAAAUGGAAAAACUGGUAUUACCGAAUACAGAGGAAAUUUUAAUAUAACAGACUAUACAUCAGCAAAAAUAGCUCUGUCCUAUUUCACAGUUUCUACAAGUGGCCUGAUUUCACCUGGUACAUGCGAGUCUGUAACAUUCAGGAAUAUUGGAGGCACACCCGAUGUAGACACACCAGGAUUAGUAGAAGCAAAACUCACACUGACAAAUGCAUCAGAUGCUGAUGGACUGAGUUUGGUGAUAGGAAACUGGACUGCGGGAUAUGACAGAAUCUGGUUAAGGUUUGUUUCAUCUGCCAAUGAGAAGAUUUACGGAGGUGGGGAACAAUUUUCUUUUUUCAAUAUGAAGGGAAAAUCAUUCCCUAUCUGGACAAGAGAGCAGGGUGUGGGGAGAAACAAAGCAACGAAUAUGACAUUCUUAGCGGAUUCCCAAGAUGGAGGGGCAGGGGGAGAUUACCACACAACAUACUGGCCAGAACCAUUAUUCUAUACUGACAAGUUGUAUUCAGCUGUCAUGACUUCUUCAAAGUACAGUGUGUUUGACUUCACGCAAGAUGAUUUCAGCGAGGUUGAAGUCUGGGAAGAUAAAGAAUUUCAGUUUGACUUCCAUAUUGGAAAAGAUUGGAAGGACAUUACAAUGAGAACAGCAGAUUAUCUUCUUGGCGGUCUCACCCGUCCAACCUUGGCUCCUUGGUCAUACAAUGGAGGAGCAGUGCUUGGAUUGCAAGGAGGAACUGACACUGUGAUGGGGAUAUACGAUCAGGCAAUCAGAAACGAUGUCAAAGUAUCUGGAAUCUGGAUUCAAGAUUGGGUUGGUCAAAUCACAACUUCGUUUGGGACAAGAUUAUUCUGGGAUUGGAAACUCGACGAGACCCGUUACCCAAACAUCAGGCAAAUCAUGCAAGACAAAGCUAAAGAAGGAGUCUACUUUACAGCAUACAUAAACCCAUAUCUUAAUGAUAAAGGAGAAUUGUAUGAGAAUGCAAGUGACUUGGGUUAUCUUGUGAAAGCAAAGGAUGGUAAGAACCAUGUAAGUGAUUUUGGGGAGUUUUUCUGCGGAACAGUGGAUCUGACGAACCCUGAUGCAUUCAACUGGUAUAAAAACGUCAUCAAAACGAAUCUCAUAGAUGUCGGAUUUAGAGGGUGGAUGGCGGAUUUUGGAGAAUAUCUACCAGUAGACGGUCAAAUAUUUCAUGACGGAAGAUCAGCUGAGGAGCUACACAAUCUCUGGCCUUCAUUAUGGGCUGAAGUAAACAGGGCAGCAGUAGAUGAAAGCAAUAUGGAUGGAGAAUUUUUUAUUUGGAUGAGGGCGGGGCACACUGCAUCAGCAAAGUACACAAUGAGUGCGUGGGCGGGGGAUCAGAAUGUUGAUUGGUCAAUUGACGAUGGACUGGUAUCAACUAUACCAGCAGCUUUAUCACUUGGAAUGUCAGGAGUUGGAAUCUCACAUUUUGAUAUUGGAGGUUUCACUUCGUUGUACGGUGUCGUUCGUAGCCAAGAACUUCUUCUCAGAUCUGCUGAGUCAGCAGUUUUUACACCAAAUAUGAGGACGCAUGAGGGAAACAGACCCAAAGACAAUUGGCAGAUAUACGAUGAUGACUACACGUUUCAACGAUUCGGACGCCUCACUAAGCUCCAUACUUCACUUGCCAACUAUACAAGCGAUCUCAUUCAAGAAUAUUAUGAAACGAGCACUCCUGUACAGCGGCCAUUAUUCUUUGAAUUUCCAGAAGAUACCAAUUGCUAUGACGACCUGAUAUCUAAGGACCAGUACAUGUAUGGGCCUGAUUUGUUGGUUGCACCUAUAUACACAGAAGGUAAAUACGAGCGUGAUGUAUACUUCCCUACUGGUGCAGUAUGGAUUGAUAUCUGGGAUUCAGCUAACACUACAGAUACUUCUGCAGGAGGGUAUUUGGGGCGUGUAUCCAGUAAUAUGGGAGAACCACCGGUAUAUUACAGAGAAGGUAGCAAGUACACAGAAAUAUUUAAAGCAUUCGAGACGAUGCCAGCUAAACCUUAUCCCCCGAAUUCAGGGAUACAGACUACCGCAACGCUUAUAACAAUAUUACUUUCUGUGAUUAUGUCGCUGUAUAAUUUCCACUAAGAACUGCUUUUCUCUAGCUGUUUUACUGUCAUCCAAAUCGUGCUUGCAUUGCCUUAUAAAUAUAAAAUGUCAAUUUUGCCUGCUAACAUUUUCAAAUUCGAUAUAAAUAAAUUUUGAUUGUGUCCGAGUAUUUAAAGCAGAGGUGUUCAAAUUACGAGACACCAAAAUGUUUCAUUCCGCCCAUUUGCGCCUGCUAAAAUUACGACUAUAGUUUUCAUGGAUAUAAAUUUUCAUUGAAAAUAUCGAUGAAAAUAACGCCAAAAUGACCCCGAUUAUUACUUUGUGAGUCUUUAAUAAUAUAUAAACGUUAGCCUACUGUGAAUAAACUCUUUUAUGUUCUGGUUUUUAUAAUGAGUUUUGAGGCUCUGGCCCAGUAACU